AUGGUCCAGUCUAUCAUGUUGGUGAAUCUGGGUAUAUCAGAUGGCAUCAUGGGUAUUUACCUUAUCAUUAUUGGUAUAAAAGACCUCCAAUGGUCAGGGGAAUACUACAUGCACGACUAUAAGUGGCGCACCGGUUGGUUUUGCCAUUUCAAUGGCGCCAUGUCUGUCCUUUCAAGUGAGGUGUCAGUUAUGAUGAUCUCUCUGAUUGCAUGGGACAGGCUCAAGAACAUUGUGUUUCCUUACACGUUUGCAAAAAUUACACCGAGGCAGACUCGUAUAAUGUGCGCAGUGAUCUGGCUGGUGGGAGGCAUUAUGGCAUUCCUUCCCUUGUCUGGAAUGCACUACUUUGGUGACUGGUAUUAUGGCAAGAACGUUGUGUGCCUGCCCCUGCAACUUUCCCCGCAAUUACAAGAAGGCUGGGAAUACUCCACUUCUAUCUUUAUCGUGCUAAAUUUUUCUCUUUUCAUCUUCAUUAUGGUGGCUUAUGUUGCCAUCUUGUUGAAAUCGUGGUCUUCAAGCAGACGGCUCGGUGCGCAUGGAACUGCUCGUGAAAUACGAACAAGAGUAAAAAGUGCACAGGCCAAAAGAGAAAGGGCACUUGCUAAGAGAGUCUUCUUUAUUAUUCUGACCGAUUUCCUGUGUUGGAUACCAAUAAUUGCCAUUGGCGUCAAGUCGCACGUCGAGAAAACGUUUGAUCCACCUGGUGAUCUGGCGGUGUGGAUUGCAGUGUUCGCCCUGCCGAUCAAUUCAGCUAUAAACCCACUGCUGUAUACCCUUUCUACUCCACAGGUGCAAGCCGUGUUGAAAGUAAAACUGAGGAAGCUGUGGGCCAAUGUUCUUUCUAUUUUCAGCAAGGGACAAAAUCAAGAAGGUUCAGUUUGA